GGGUACUUUGGGAAAUGUAUAGAAAAGAACUGCCAUUUUUCGUUUUCAACCUUCUCUUUCGAAAUUUCAAACUUAAAACAUUUUCAGAAAAUUCUUUAGGGGCCUCUGAAUUAUUCAACUGUGGAAAUUCAAGGAAACAAAAUUUGAAAGGAGGGUUGCAGCUGUGAUGAAUUAUCGCCUCGGGGGACAAAACCAAAGACCAAGAGGAUUAAAGGUUAAGCGUGGCUCUCAGUAUGCGUUAAUUUUAGCUAUUUUCAUCUGGUUUCUGUAUUGGAUUAAUUGCUCUCAUGAUGAGACAGAACAUUAUGCUCGGAGCUCUCAAAGAAAGCUUGGUGAAGAACAUGAUGCUGUCAUUUUGGGCUGCAAAGUAAAUGUUGGAUGGUUAACUGGUAGAGGUGAUCCAGAGUCGGUGAAUGCAAAUUUCAUGACCAAAUCAGAAAACAAUGAAGCCAGUGCUAGAGCUCAUGAGUUAACUAAAAUACCGAGAGAGAAAGCUAAGAACAAAAUUUUUUACCUCGAGAGACAGGGAAGUUCCCUGAUUGAUGAGAGAGAUGAUCGCAAAAAUUUUGAAAGACUAAAGGAGAUCUCUUCGUACAAGGGACAUCAUAAAAGUUCUCUGCAAAGUGCUUUGGCCGACAGUCAGAAAGUAUCAGAGACAGACGUGAAAAAGAUAGAAAAUGGUGGGGGCAUUAGUGGUACAGAAACUAAGGAGAAAGACGAACACGAAUUUGCUCUAGAAGUGGAAGGAGAAAACGUUACAAGUGACCAGCAGCAUGAAACAGAAAAUGGAGUGCAUGGAUUUGAUGAUGAGAAUGGGGUUCCACAGGAUUUUAAUGAUGUUACACAGUCUCAAGUUUAGAGUUGGUACAGUUGAUUCCUAGUGACACUUCUUAGAAAAUAAGUGUUCAAAUGUAAAAUCCUAUUUUCCCCUUUGAUGAUUUCUUCAUUUAUGUAUUUUUGCUUAUUCGAAGGAUUGAAAUUUGACGUGUUAAGAGUUAGAUUUUUA